AUGCUCACCAGCCUGCGCGCCCCCUGUCCUCGCGGUGCCUGCUUCCAACCCAGCAAGAGGCCCCUCACCCACCUCAAAUGUCGACAGAGCUGCGUCGCCCCGCUCUGCGCAGCCCCAGGUCGCCCCGGCCCGGCUAACACCGCCCGCACCCUGGUGGACCUGACCUCCCACGGCACCUUGGCCACCCUGCUCCCGGACGGCACCCCCCUGGGCACCGCCACGAGCUACGUUCUGGACGGCACGGGACAGCCCAUCCUGCGCCUGAGGGCCCACGCCGUGCACACCGACAACCUCCGGGCCAACCCUGCCACCAGCCUCUUCGUGCACCCCGCCAACCCCCCCGCCCGCGCCCUGGCCCGACUCACCCUCCUGGGCCACGCCGAGGCCGUGCCCGAGAAUCUGCUCCCCGCCGUGGCCGAGGUGCACGCCACCCUGGCGGCGGGCGGGCAGGGCGUGGACGCACCCAGCCCCUCCGACGUCUACAUGCGCCUUCAUGUCACCUCCUGCUUCCUGGUGGACCAGCUGGGAGGGGGGUCCGCCGCGCAGCGCCUCACCAGGGAGGAGUACCUGGGCGGGGUGCCAGACGCCCUGCGUGGCCCUGCCGCCGGCCUGGUGACCUACAUGAAUGCCUCCAGGACCGAGGACCUGCUCAACCUCGGGGCUGAUGCGAUGGGCUGCAGCCCCGAUGAUCUUGCCACGGUGGAGCUCGUCUGGCUGGACAGCCUGGGGUUCUACAUUCGGACCGUACCCCUGCUGCCCCCCAACGAGCCUCAGACCCUGCGCCUCACCUUCCUGAGGCCUGUGUCGGAUGAGAGGGAGGCCAGGUCGGCGCUGACGAUGAUGGCACAGGAGUCGUGGGAGAGGAGGCGGCCAUACAACCCCGUCAUGGUUACCACCUGA